AUGAGAUUGAAAAAAAAAAACCCUGAUGCAAGGAGAUGGCUUGCUAAUUUGGGUCCACAAGAGAGAUGGACAAAACAUAAAUUUGACCCUGAAUUGAAGUGCGAUGUUAACAAGACAAAUUUUGUGGAAAGCUUCAAUGCAACCCUAGGAACUGACAGGUGCAAGCCAGUGUUAAGUUUGUUAGAGGGAAUUAGGAGAGUAACAAUGGUUAGGUUAGCAACAAGGAGGCAGAAGUGUGAAGAAUGGGAGAGGCUGCGUCCAAACAUUGCGAAGAGAGUUCAAGUAUUGUACAAUGAGAGUAGGUCUUGCAGGGCUUUCAUGUCUAGUCCAAGGGAGUAUGAGGUGGUGGAGGGUAAAUCAACUUUGGCUGUCAGUUUGAACCAACGCACAUGCCUUUGCAAUGUCUGGCAACUCACUGGCAUACCAUGUAGGCAUGCAAUGAGAGCGAUACUUCAUGAAGGUCUUGAUCCACAAUCCUUGGUUGAUGAUUGGUAUUCAGUAGAGAAAUAUAAGUUGGCCUCUCAUCACAGCAUUAAACCUAUCCCUGACCAGGAUAAGUGGCCAGCAACUGAACACCCUACUAUAUUACCUCCUGUGCUCAAAAGAGGUGUUGGUAGGCCUUGUAGGAACCGAAAGAGAGCUGUUGAUGAAGAGAGGAAGGCAAAGAGGAGCAAGACAAUAAAAUGUGAGAAGUGUGGGGAUUUUGGUCACAACAAGGCCAGUUGCAAGGGAGGGGCAACAAAAAAACAAAAGGCAGCAGCAACAAACACUAAUGAUGCUUCAACUUCCAAGUGCAAGGGAAAGAGCAAAGCAAAAUGA